AACACGAUCAUGGCCGCCGGUUGAGUCACUCGCAGUUUACCUUUUGCCUCAGUGAUUUACGCGCGAAAUGGGCUCGAGAUUAAGGUAAAAGCUUAACAUAAGGGUGACUCAUGGAUCUUGAUUUUUAUUGACAACUGAUUUGUUUCAAUCAGGCCUUUCCCUGAGAGGAUUUUUGAGUGCUUUUUGGAAGUCGCUGCCCCGACAGACAGUGAAGGUACGGUCACUGUGUACAUUUCACCUGGAAAUACAAUCUUUUCUGUGCAGACAGUCGAGUCCUAUAACCUCUUUUCUCUUAGCGACAAUUUCUCUUAUAACAUGUCAUAGUGUAAUAUUCCCGAGGAGAUGUGCACAGACUCAAAACUCGCAUCAUUUCAGUGUAAAAUUAACCUAUCUGAGGUAUCGUGAAUUGGCUCGCGUAGUUAGAAAUCUUGAAUAACAUUUUUUAUACUUUGACCUUUGUUGUUUUUAUGAUGACCUGCGUUUUUCUGUCAGUUCACAAUAAAUACUUGCUCCAUCUAGGCGGAGUGUCAUUACUGGCUAGAAAUCUAGACAUAUAUGCACUUAUUGCGAUUCAAAAAUUAAAAUAUAGACCACGAAACAAACGAGUUUUGAUCUUACACUUGUUGAACUUGUUGAAUGAAGGGAGAAUAUAAGUUCCUCCUUACGUGAUGGGAAUAACAAAACCCAUAAUUACAUCGCGGAAACUGCAUUAUUAUCAAAUAUAAAUAGUGAACGUACAUAAGUGUGAUCGUUUCUUGCAAUGUUUAUAUUUAAACACAAUGAAAAAGUCGAAUUGCAUGUAAUUACACGCGACAUGAUGUUAAGUACUUUCGUUUCCUUUGUUUUACUGUUUUCGAUCGCAUGGUUUAUGAACUAGAAACCAUUUCCUUUGGUGUUUGUAGUCUGACUAGAUGAUAUCUAGACUAAAGUUAAAAAAUCUUCAUGAUAGAAUGUUUGGGAAGUUGUUCGUAUGCUAUUUGCUUUUUUGCUACAAUUGCAAAUGGUAUGGUAAUCAAAUUCAGCAAAAGUUAUGCUAUCCUUCCAGCUAAUGGGGCUCUUUUGCCCUAUGGGGAUUUUUGCAGACAUAUUUUUUUACAUUAUACAAAAGUAUUGUGCAUAUUUUAAAAAUCUAAUGACCAAUUUUAAUGUGCAAUAGUUACAGUGAGGUGUGAAUUGACCACCAAACUAUUUAAGAGCUGAAGCAUCCACGUUGGAUCAGAUGACAGAUUCCAAUACAAUUCUAGGUUUCCAGCAGAGUUAGGAACAUUAAGAAUUCAUUACAUUUUCAUAUUUGGUGCUACAUCGAGUUUGGAAAAUGGCUUGAUGAGUGUCUGAACCAAAGCUGCUCCACAGGGGUUCCAAAGGCUAGGAAGAAGGGCCCCAGUGGCUCCAAAUUGGAAUUCCUUUUUACGAUACACCACACAAGUGAACAGUAUUUUUUUUGUGAACUGAUUGACUAGUUCAUAGGUGAGCAGCCAACAAGACAAAACCACAUGUCAAGAGUUUAAUUUUCAACCUUUUUUUGGAAUAUUGAAAAAAGAAAUAAAUUUUCGUAUAGUUGUUUAUUUUUGAUUCUGACAUCUAACUGUCCAACUCCACCUCCUAUGCAGUCAUAUACUUCAAUCAGGUUAUUAAGAUUACUUCCUGAAAGUCUUUAACAGGACCUGGCGUUAGUUGUUAUGAUAAUUUGUGCCUUUUUCAAUUUUUACAUUUGCUGACUUGAUGCAUUGGUUUUCUUGUAGGUCCAGAAACAAAGUUUAUUCAUCCCACAGACUUUGAUGAAAAAGUAGGUGUUUGAUCAAAUGCCACCAAAUGUGAGAACAGAUAGUGUAACCUUAUCUUGUUGUCAAGAUGACAACUUAUUUAAAAUUGAAUUGACCUUUUUCAGGAAGCAUUAAAGGCAAUUCCUCAGUUUUGCUAUCCUUGUGUCACAAGUUCGUAAGUAUACAUCAAAUCAUGUUGUAAGUUGUAAAUGUUUAGAAUGAAUAUUCCUUAACCUUUUAAACACUGAAAGUGAUCAACUUCCCCUUAUCAUACCAUAGUUUAUCUUUCAUGGAGGAAAUGAGGUGGGACAAACUUAUCAGCUGUAGGGUGAUCAAGCAAUUUUCAUCGAAGUGUCAAAAUUAAUCAUGGAUUGCUUUAGUUUUGUUUUGCCUCACUAUGUGUGUGUGAUUAGUCCAGAAAACUAGCAUGAGUUUUCAGACUAAUCAGUUGCAAACCAAAACCAACUGCAGUUUGGACUCUUGAGUUUUCUGGCCCUUAGAGAUGAUUGCUUGUUUUUACCUUGAGUUCUCAUGGGUUCCUCUGGACAUCUUCUUUUACUCUGAUUGGUUAUUGUGAAAGCUAUCAAAUCCUCUCGAUUAGUUUAUUUGGAAAUGUAUCAACUUAAGAAGGGAUAGUUAUGGGUUACAUCUUGGGAAUCAAAAGGGUUAAGCUAGUGUGCUAUUUCAAGGUAAUGUUAUCAGCAACAGGUUUGUGAUGAGAAGUAGACAAAAUGUUUUCUUCUUUACAGGGAAGCUGUCCAGCACUACACUUUUGUUCUCACUGAUAUUGAAGGAAAGUAUAGAUUUGGGUUUUGCCGCUAUUCUCCAGAUGUCAAGACCUGCCUCUGCAUUUUAAGGUAUUAUACUUGAACAGAUGAUUUAGUGUUUUUAACACUGGCAUAAUUGUUUUGUUGUUGUUUUUUAAAUAUUAAACUACAGCUGUUAACUGAUUAAAAUAAUUAAGUUUGUUUUUUCAGGUAAAACAUGACAUUGAUAGUUUCACCUCUGAUUUCAGCUAUUUGCCAUGGUUUAAAUUUUUUUAUGAGCUUCUGAAUAGGAUUUCAGACUUGAAGAGAGAAAAUGAGGUAAAAAUGUUCCAUAAUUAUGCUUAUUUGCUUUUUGUGUACUGUUAGAACAUAUUAUUUUGUAACAGUUGACAAUUUGAGAAUGCAAUGACAUUCUUUCUGUUUGAUGAACAAAGAUUUUAAGGUAGAAAAUUUAAAUUGUGCAUGUAUUAUCUAUGUCUAUUUAAUAGCUAUUUUCAAAUUGGUAUCUUCACUUUCAGCAUUUGCCUCUAGGGAAAACAAAAAGUGUUGUUCAAUUUUCAUAGCUCUAGAUUUCUAAAGCAGCAGUUAAUGUUAUAUAUUGGCCAAAGGAAGCAAUUUUGAGUUAUAGUGUAUUUUUGCUGUCCAGUGUAAGCUAAUUAAGCUGUGAUAUAUAAACUGGAGAAAGUUUUCAUGCUAUUGUUGAUGAAGUAAAUUAGUUUUGUGUAGGAGCAUUGUACUGAAACACAAGCAAGCUUGGUAUCAAUAUUGUAAUAUAUAUUAGGCAGACUUUUUUUAUGAUAAUUUGGCACACUGUGAGUUGUGUUGUGUACUACAUAGUUUUUUGUUUGGUGAAGUUUGCUGAAUUUUAAGAGUCUAAGUUGAGUUUUUUUUCCGGCUCUAAAUAGAAAUGGAAUAGUGUCUGUCAUUUAUGACAUUUUGUUAUGCAAUAUACAGAUUAAUGCCAUACUUCCAAUACUGAAUCAUCUAUAUGGUCAAGCACCUAAAGAACCAGGCUCCAAGUUAUCUGUUGCAGUGGAUGGAGGCAAAAGAGUAAGUUACCACACAAAUGUAUCUUAUGAGUGGUGAAGAUUGCUUGAGGAUAAAACAACUGUUUUAAAAAAAUUGUUUUGAUUUCAAUCAUGUAGGCAGGUUCCUGUUUAAUUAAUAGUUUCAACCAGUACCUAGCUGCCUAGUAAGGAAUAGGGGUAAUCAGCUCGUUGAGUAGUUCCUAAUUUUUGCAAGUCCAUAGCAGCCUUGUGUUGCCUCAAAAAUUUAUAAAAGAACAGUGUGAUUGAUCAUUUGAUGGCUUCUAACUGAAGCUGUAUUGUGGUUCAAAAAUACAAGCCUUCAUAAGAGUUAGUAAAACAACAGUAUGUUUGCUGAUAUUUCAAGUUUUGUCAUUUGGGAUUAGCAUCCUUUAACCUACUAUUUUUUCUCAUAGAGUUCAUUAAUUUUUAAAUUAAUACAAUGUUAUUUUUGUUGCAUUUUAGGAUAUUUCCUUUGUUGUGCCAGACACUACUAAGCUACCCAGUAUACCAGAAGAUGUGAGUGCCUUGAAGCUACUAGCUGUGUCAUGUUUUAUCAACUUGAAAUAGUUAAAUAGGCAAAUUAUUUAUCCUGCCUUGGUGCCCUGAUUUAUAACUUAAUUUUAAGGAGAAAGGUAACCUUUUGUUAAAUGUGUGUAAAGAGUUCUAAGGAGGGUAUAGUGCUGAAAUUGAAUGGGAUUUAAAAUACUGUAUAUCCUAACAUAGGAAGUUAAUGCCUCCCAAGGAGCAUUCUCUCUACUGUCCUUUGUUAAAAUAAAGUACCUAAGAUGAAUAGCCAAUUUAAUUCCACUGCCAAAAUUUACUGGAGUGUACAGUAUGGAGAAUUUGGGGCCAAAAUGAUGGAGAUCAACAAUGUUGAUAUAAAUGGGCCUCUUGAUUAAAAGCACAGAAACAAAGGCAGCAAAAGUUAACUCAUCUUGAGUUAAUGAGAUUGUCCUUAAUUUAUGUCAAUCUCAUGAAGUAUAUAAUUUAUUUUCCUGAAAUAAUGCAGUGGCAAGUGGGGGCAUUAUAACCCAGUAAGAUUAAAGGCAUUUAACAAAUGAUGGGUAUGUUUGUGUGUUUGUUUGUUUUUACAGAGGAACCUGACAGAUUACUUUGCAGCUGUCCAUCCCUCAAAUAUGAUUUUUAUAUUUGCCAGGUAAAGGUUCCUUUACUGCUACAUAGUACAUGUACAUUUUGUACUUUUUGCAUUUAAAAUAUCUAAACGACUAUUUGCUGUCAUGGUGUAGAUAUUGCCAGGUUCCUGGACUCCUUGCCACUUGCCAAUUGAUAAGUUCACCUUAAUUAACUGGUGUAUGUUUGUGUUGAUAAUACUUUACAAUUCUCUCUCUUAGUAUGUUCUUUGAAAGAAGAAUAAUCGUGACAUCCAAGAAGCUUAAUUUGGUAUGUUGAUUCUGCAUUAUUUAAAUAAUUGUGUAUUGUUU